AGAAAUAUUUGGGGUUGUAGCCCAUAUUCAUUUUCUUGUAUUAAACUUUGCAGUAUCCAAGCUCAGUUCAAGUGAAAAGAAACGAAAGAUACUCAUUAUUACUUUGUUACCAGUGGCUGGAGUACUUAUGCUGACUCUGGUUAUUGUGGCGUCCUAUAUAAGAUGGAGGAAACAUUCAGAGCCGAAACAUGAAGUAAUGCGAAUGCAUAACAACGAAAGCAACAAUGAUGAGUUUGAGCUACCCCUGUUUGACUUUUCCACACUGAUUAAGGCUACUGACAGUUUUUCUACAAAGAGCAAGAUCGGAGAGGGUGGAUAUGGGCCUGUUCACAAGGGCAUGCUAGAUAAUGGACAUGAAAUAGCUGUGAAGCGGCUUUCGAAAACUUCUACUCAAGGACACGGUGAGUUCAAGAAUGAAGUACUAUGCAUUGCUAAACUCCAACAUCGGAAUCUAGUAAGGAUGCUUGGAUGCUGCAUUGAAGGAGAUGAUAAAUUGUUGGUCUAUGAAUUCAUGCCAAAUGGAAGUCUUGACACAUUCAUAUUUGAUGAAGCACAAAGUAGACAUUUAGAUUGGCCAAAGCGCUUCCAAAUCAUCAAUGGGGUUGCUCGAGGACUUACAUAUCUACAUCACGAUUCACGGCUAAGAAUCAUUCAUAGAGAUCUAAAAGCCAGCAACAUUCUGUUGGAUUCUGACAUGGAACCGAAGAUAUCAGAUUUUGGAAUAGCGAGAUCUUUUGGAGGGAACGAGAUAGAAGCCAAGACAAACACAAUUGUUGGAACAUAUGGCUACAUCUCACCGGAAUAUGCAGCCCGAGGGCUCUACUCAGUAAAGUCUGAUGUCUUCAGCUUUGGCGUAUUGGUAUUGGAGAUUGUAACUGGGAAGAGGAAUACAAAAUUUUGUCAUCCAGAUAGUGAUGUCAACCUUGUUGGACAUGCUUGGAAUCUGCAUAGAGAGUGUAGGUCAAUUGAUUUAGUAGAGCCUCAUCUAAGGGACACACCAUCUCUUUCAGCAUCUGAAGUUCUUCGGUCAAUUCAUGUGGCUCUAUUAUGCGUGCAACAGCGACCAGAAGACAGGCCAAACAUGUCUUCAGUCAUCCUAAUGUUAAAUAAUGAAGGUGUUUUGCCCCAAUGUAAACAACCAGGUUUUUUCACAGAAGACAAUACCACUUUUUAUGACAAAGCUGAAUCAACAAAUGAGAUUACCAUUACCAGUUUAGUCCCACGCUAGCAAACACCUGACUUUUUUUUUGUUCUUUUGUUCUAUUGUUGUCCUCGAGUUUGAGCUCUUGAAGCUUUGAUUAUCGAAAUGUAUAUAUCAGCCUGCUCAAAUUGUUCUGUCAAAGAAAUGUACUCACAGUGCUUACAUUUUCUAACUGCACUUUUAGUUGAAGUACCUGCUAAUAUAGCAAUAUGUGACCC